UAGAUUUCAGCCAAUUACAAGAGCUGGAAAAAGUUUUCAAACAAGUGGCGUCCGUAGCCGUUGAAAUUCUUCGAGAUCUGCUGGUCGUAUGUAUGGUUCAUAUAAAGAGAGCAUUCGUAGUAUCGCUAUCCGUCAAAAGUUAGUUUUGAUCGUUGUGAUUGGAAACUUCACAUCAUUCAAGCUUUGAUCAUCAGAGAAACAGGCAAAAUAUUGAGACAGAAGAAGAAUCAUCAAUCUCUGUGGAAGAUUUAUUUCAAAGAUUGCUUUGAAGAGAAGCAUUCUAUGGACGGCGUGUGGCAUCUAAAUGCUCCGCAGUGGACGGACUUUGCAUCCAGUCCACAACCACUGGACGAUGGUUAUUUUGACCUGGAGCAUGAGGAGCUAGAGCCUCAGCCAGUGGUAAAACAGUUCUCAUGCACAGCUCCUAGUGCUCAACUGGAAGAGACAAAAGGAGAUACAAAAGCUAUAAACCGUAUGUUGAAGGUUCCAGAAUCAAAUGACUCUUUGAUACAAGACAUAGAAGUAGCAAAGUUGACUCCUGUUAAAGUUGUACCCAAGUUGAGAAGUAAAAAAAAUGCAACAAUCAAAGAAACUACAUAUGAUAAUGUAUUGACUGAAGCUAUGGCCAGCCUUCAACUUUCGGCUAGAAAGAAUGCAAGAAGGUCUCAUAGCAUUAGAAGUACACCAUCAAAAUUGACAUCAACACCAAUGACCACAGAAUUGAAACCUCUGAUCAAGUAUAAAGCUAUUCGUUCGACUCCAAGCAAUCCGAUUCCUGCGUGGAUUAGAAGAGUACAACCAUCCGAGAAGUUGAGAAAAUGUGAGAAAAAUAUUGCAGUACCAACCAUUGAACCAUGUCCAACAAUCGAGCAUGUAAAAACACUGGAUAAUCUAUCCGUGCAGGAUUCACAGCAGACAGAAAAUGCCAUAAUUGAUAACAAUGUUUUAGUUGUGCAAUCUGAAAAAAAGCCAGCUGAUAUAGAUGAUCCCUUAAAUAUGAAACAUAUUCCUGCGGACAGCAAGCCGAAAGCUACUGAAGAGGUGUCAAAUACUGCUGAAGAGCCAAAAGAUUUUGCAGAUUUUCCUAUAAAUGAUAAACUAAAAGUAAUCAAAGAUCCUGCUAUUGGUGACAAGAAAAAUGCUAUUAAAUUACUUCCUACUGAAUUUGAGUCUCAAGCUGCCAACAACUUGCUGGUCAAUGAUGCCACUCUUGAAAAUGCUCUGCCUGUUCCAGGUUGUAGUAAACGUGCUUCUAAUAUCUCGCAGCAAUCUUGUUUCUCAAACAAGGGGCAUCCGGCAAGAUUUUCUACAUGUCAACUUCGUAGGCAAAGUUUGAUAAAAUACAGAAGGAGGUCUAAUAAAUAUGUGAGCAUGGCUGAGGCAAUAUCCAAAUUUCAAACUGGGACACCAAAAAGAUUCAGAUCAAUAAGUUCAAAGAAUGCAAAACUUGGACCUGUGCAGAAGGUACGACAGGUUAGUGUGUCUGCAACAGUACCAAUUUCACCUGCUCUACGAUGUAAAUCAAGAACAAGACCUACAACCAUCUUGAGUCACGAGGAACGUGAGCAGCAGGAGUUACAAGAGCUGCGAAAAUAUUCUGCUCGUGGAAAUAUGGCUAGAGCUAAUUCUCUAAAAAGUCUGGCACAAAAUCCUGCACCUAAAACUGUUAUUAGGAAUAGAUCGGUGAGUUCUGCUCACCCUCCUGCUUCAACAUCAACAAAAAUAUGUAAGUCAAACAUGGAGGAUAAAGUAAAUCGAGAGGCAGUAAGAAUAAAAGUAACUGUACCUACAGUUGUUUCUACCAAGGAAGGAGUAGCAGUUCAAGAUGCUGAGAUCUCGAACUUUGGAGUGCCAGAUAUAACAAGUGCUAAAUCAACUACAACCAAGGUGAUGCCAUUCAGUUUUGAAAUGCGAAACAAAGAGCUCCAAAAGAAAAAAGAAAAAAAGAUUAAAGAACUGAUGAAUGAGGAACAGAAUAAAACAAAAGGAACCUUUCAUGCGCGGCCUGUUCCCAUUUUCAAGAAGCCUAUGCUCGCUGUUCCUAAAGAAACGAAUACUGCUAAGCAUAGUACUAAACCUUGUCCCUUCAGUUUUGAAAACAGAGAUAAGAACUUGCUGAAAAAAAAGGAAAACUACAUAAAGACUAUUUUGGAAGAAGACAAGAAAGCUAGAAUCUUUCAGGCCAAGCCAAUUCCAGAAUUUAAACCUGUUUUGGUGCGUGGAAUAUCAAAAGAGAAUAUAAGUUCAGGGAAUAAAGCUUCAAACUCUGCUCCUUCACUUCCUCAAAAAACUCGCAUUUCCACACUACCAAUCUCAAAAACUGGUUCAAGAAAUUGUUUGCUUACUAAGAACAAUUGUUCCAAUCAAGAAAAUCAAAAUCCAUCUGUGAAUUCUAAUGCCCAAUCUUCACAGAACUAUAAAUCGAAGGAAGAUAAGAGCAAAUAUGAGCCAAAGCCUAUAAAAGUAUUAUCUGAUCACGAGUUUCAAUUAAACACCGACAAAAGGGCAAAAGAGCGGAAAGAGUUUGAUGAAAGGAUCAAGCAAAAAGAACAGGAAAUAGAAAAGCUAAAGAAAGAAGCGGAAGCGGAAAAACUAAAACGAACUGAGAGUGAAAUAGCAGAACUCAGAAAAAUGGCUGAGAUUCAAGCAAGACCAAUGCCAAUUUAUAAACCUCCAGUUGUCAUUCGUUCCGAGAAACCACUCACCGAACCUCAAAGCCCUGGCUGGGCUUCAAAACCAAAGCGUUAACAGAGAUGACUAAUUUCGAUUAUUACGAAUGAUGGUAUGAAUAAACUAGUUUCGAAACGUGAUUGCUGUAUUAAAUAUUAUUAAUUUCCAAACUAUUGUAUCAUUUGACAUUAUUGAUGAUUGUUAUCUUUCAAGAUUAGAAUAAGCAUAUUAUUGGAUGAUGCAAACUAACAAGUGAUAUCGAUUCUGAGCAUAAAAAUAUAUUCAAAGGAAUGAUAAAAAUGUUGUCUUUAAAACCACAUAAAUAAUUAUUUUCUUCUUAAAACUCAACUUUACCUUUAUGAAAUUGCACUUUCCACAGUACUGUGAACUAUGUCUCAUAGACUUUCGAAAAUACGUAGAGAGCAUGUAGGGUGUAAGUAAGUCGGCUUGUACAUCUUGUGUUGCCUUACGUUACCUGGAUUCUUGUCUUUAAAAUACCCUCAAGACAACACAGAAUGUUUUUCUUUGUCAUGAUUGGUGUGAGGAUGUUUAAACAUAGUGUGAAAUUUAGAUAUAUCUGGAAAUAGAUUUGCAUAGAGUUAAAAAUGAGUGAAAAUCAGUAAUCUGUGAAAUAAGACACCUCAAAAUUUGUCUAAAUAUUAAUGUUGGAUUUAUGUAUAUCCAAAUAGCACUCUUUUAGUUGAGAUAUAGAAUCACAUGACAUCCUGCGGAUAACUUCAAUUUGUGAAUAGAUAUAAAAAAUAUUGCAAACAAAAAUAUAUUAUCAAACUGUAUUAUAGCAAUAAUUACGCUUACUUUUUGUUUCAAUUCGGACGUUAUCAACGGAGCAGCUUAUUAUAACUAAUGCCUAUUAAAACACAUCAAGAUUAACUUUCUUCCGGUACAAUAACAUUGAUUUUUGAUAAUAGAUUUUUAUAAUGUAAGUAUACGAUAACCCUGAAGAUUCACGAGUAUUCACACACUAUACUUCCUAUCUUUUUGCAUUAUGUUGUAAAACUAUCACCUAGAAAAGAUUUUUUGCAGUUAAAGCAUAAUAGCAAUCUUGUCAAGAUAGCCUGAUAUCGUAUUGUUCAUCCUGUGCUAGUUUUGCUUAGUUGUGCAGUACUCGCUUUGUGUAAUAAGUUUUAAUAUAGGAUUUCUUGUAGCACGACCUUACAAUCAUUUCAAAUAAAACUUCAUCAGUGAAAACAAUCUGACAUUGAUAAAUAUUUUCUUUGACUUGAAUUCAUUUUUAAACCAACAAUUAGAGACAAGUUUCUGUAAUAUAUACGUGAAUAAUUUUCAUAAUUAUAAGUUGCCGUAUAAAUGCGAAUAAUUUUGUUACCGACUUAUAGUUUAAUACUUGUGGCAAGAAAAACUACGAUCGGUAUUUUUAACAACUUGCAUAUUCUAUUUUAUUACCCAGACUCUUGCACAAAACCUUCAUUUAUGGGGGUUGUAUAUCUUGGAAGUAUAUUUUCUGUGAGAUUUUCAAAAUUUUAUGCAGUUAAUUCUAAGAGUGGAUUUUCAAUUGACGGAAAAGAAUGAUGGGUGAAGCUGGCAUUACAUGUAACAAACACUGUAAUAUAGAUUAAUCACUGUUGAAUAAAUAGUUUGAUACUUCA